AACUCGUUGAUAGUCUUUAAUCAAUCGAGGUCUCUAUUUCGCUUAAUGUCAAAAGUAAUAAUUCAAACAGAAGCUGAAAGAAGGAAAGUGAAUUCUGAACUGUUUAGUCUUACUUACGGUUCUUUCGUUGUUCAACUGUUAAAGGACUUUGGAGAUGUCAGUGAAGUCAAUAAUCAAUUAGAAAAAAUAGGCUAUAACAUUGGAAUAAGAUUGAUAGACGACUUUCUUGCUCGCGAACCGAACUUUCGUUGUGCUUCUUUUAAUGAGACGGUGGAAAAUGCCUUUCCGUUGUACCUGGGAGUUCAGCCUAGUAUUAGAAAACCAAAGCCUGAAGAUACAGAAUGUUUUAUAAUUAUUGGCGAAAACCCUUUAACCGAUUUUGUUGAACUUCCAGAAAUUUACGCAAACUUGUGCUAUUCUAACGUCCUCUGCGGAGUAUUACGAGGGGCUUUAGAGAUGAUUAGAAUGAAAGUUGAAUGCUGCUUUGUGAAAGAUGCUUUAAAAGGAGACGAACAAUCUGAAAUUUACUUGAAAUUGAUCGAACUUAUAAAUGAUGAAGCGGUGCCGGACUACGAAGACUAGGCUCUUUAACAAUAAAGAUAAGUUAUGUUUUCUAAAGCAACAGAGUUAAAGUGCGCCGCAUUAAAAAUUAGUACUAGAAAGAUUUAUAAAAUUGAAAGUUGAGUACUCACCCUGUAAAAUUUAAGUUAA